GGCUCAUUGGGCUCCCGCCAUUCGGACAUUCGAACGCUCCUUCUCUGCAUUUCACCAUCUGCUCUCCACUCCCUCUACUUUGUCCAAUCUUGACAGCAUGAAUUCCAAACCAGGUGGGAAGGGCAUUGAUUUGUGGUCCGAGUUAAUAGCUAGCGAAGGAAGCGAGGGCCAAGAAGAAGCGCGAGUAGAAGAGGUUUAUAGACGAAGAAGGCCAUCCGAGAAGACCGUUCAUGAAGUUCCUUUGAAGCAAAAUUUAGGUUCGAAUCUUCGCGAUGUGAACAGAUUGAGUUUUGCUGCUGUUAACAGUAAGAGAAUUAGUUGGAACCGUGCCCUUUCCAUCAGAGGUAGGGCGAGUAUUGCAGUUGAGGCUUGUUUAGAUCAUCAGCUUCGGCAUAAGGAGGCAAAGAAAAAAGGAAAACCUGCUCUACCCAAAGGAAAGUUUGUACAACCUACCAACUUUGACAAGGAGCGUGCAUACUUUCAAGAGGUAGAUGCUUUUGAGUUGUUGGAGGAGAGCCCUUCACCCAAGAGAUUCGGUACAUGGGCAAGUAGUCAGUUUGAUAGUGCUGCAUUACCAUCUCUAUGCUCUAAAAUAGAAAAAUGGUUAAUUUCCAAGAAAUCAAAUUACAGUCUUGCACCUUCAAGCACGUUAUCAAAGAUAUUAGAAACUCCACUGGAGUCCAGAGAACCAAUUGGUGGCAAACAUUUGGACAAAUUCAAUUUGAGAACUCCUGAUAAGUCUGCUAGAGAGAUAGAUGCGCGGUUGUGCUCUAUUCAGAGAAGAUUUAUUUCCAGUCUAAAUGAUAUCGAUGCCCUUGAAAUAGAUAGCAAUCGAGACAACAGAAGUACCGGAGCAGAAGAUGUGAGCACAGAGGAUCGUGCAGACCUUGAAGUUUCUGUGAAAAAACUUUCUUUAACAUCAACAUCUACUUCUUUCCAUAACUAUAAUUUGGAUCCAUUUAAUGCAUUAUUAGCAGUUUGUGGACAGUCAGCUCCUUCCACGCUUAAGGAUGCAUUCUCUAAUUAUUGUGACCCGGAAACUAUUGUCAAGGUUGGUGAAGGUACAUAUGGAGAAGCUUUUAAAGCUGGUAACACCGUUUGCAAGAUAGUUCCAAUUGACGGAGAUUUACAAGUUAAUGGAGAAGUGCAAAAGAGAUCAGAAGAACUGCUCGAGGAAGUCAUACUUUCCAGAACUCUGAAUUCUCUAAGAAAUCAAGAGGGCGGUGCUGAUAAUUUUUGCACAACAUUCAUAAGAACCAUAGAUUUAAGGGUGUGCCAAGGUUCUUAUGAUGCUCUACUAAUCAAGGCUUGGGAAGAUUGGGACGAAAAGCAUGGCUCGGAAAAUGAUCACCCUAAGGAGUUUCCAGACAAACAGUGUUAUGUGGUGUUUGUUCUCCAACAUGGGGGAAAAGAUCUUGAAAGCUUUGUACUCCUGAACUUUGAUGAAGCCCAGAGCUUACUAGUACAGGCUACUGCGGCCUUGGCUGUGGCUGAAGCUGCUUAUGAAUUUGAACACCGAGAUCUGCAUUGGGGAAAUGUACUUUUGAGUCGGAAUGAUUCUGAAGCGCUGCAGUUCACCCUUGAGGGUAAGAACAUGACCGUACAAACAUUUGGACUUCAGAUUUCGAUCAUUGACUUCACCCUAUCGCGAAUCAAUACUGGUGAAGACAUACUCUUUUUAGAUCUCUCAUCGGAUCCUGAUCUCUUUAAGGGUGCAAAAGGAGAUAGACAAUCAGAAACAUAUAGGAAAAUGAAGGAGGUGACUGGAGACUGCUGGGAGGGGAGCUUUCCUAGAACGAACGUCCUGUGGUUACUCUACCUUGUGCAUAUAUUACUUCUGAAGAAAUCAUUCGAGCGUAGUUCAAAGCAUGAAAGGGAACUGCGGGCAUUCAAAAAACGUCUGGACAAAUAUAACUCAGCAAAAGAAGCAAUUUUUGAUCCAUUUUUCAAUGAGUUGAUUGUUUGGUCAAGCAGUGUGGAGUAGAGCUGGAUGAUUUUAGACUCCAACACGAAGUAGAAUGAAGUCCUGAUAUUGCUCCCUGCCGGUGGAUGUAAAUUAAUCUUUGUAUUUAAUGUUUAAAAAUUUAUAGAUUAAAUUAACACAAAUGUAAACUAUAAUGACAACAGGUAUAUCUUAAGAACCUUUCUUUUACUUUAAAUUGUUAGGCUAUCUUGUUCCUCAA